GCGUGCGAGCUGCCGUGUGGUGUGGUGUUGUGCCGCCGCCGCCCCGUGCGUGUGUUUUAUACAUAAAAUAUUAUUACCUUGCUUACUUGCUGCAGCCAACGCGCGUGUAGCGUUGUUGAUAUUAUUGUGUUAUAUUUCUCGUACGUAAUAAUAAUGAUAGUUUGAUGAAAAAAGCGUCUGUCGAGAAUUGAUCAUCAUGACAAUUGGGUAGCGCAGACGUCAACACAUGUGUAAUGCAUAGAUCACCAGCAACACCAGCGGAGGAGCACAACAACGAGACAACAGGACAACUCCCCUCAGCUGUUUCCCGCGCGAAUCGCGCUGUACAUGUUGAAUAAAAGAGAGAGAGAAGAAAACAUGAAUCCUAGUACAAAAAAGUGUAUAUAUCUACGACGCUUGUUCAGUGGUUUAAUAUAAAUUAUUGAUAAUCAGUGCGCGUUGCAGUGGCGUCGUCGUGUCAACGCUCGUCGUCGUGCGCAGAUGUGCAUUAGUGCAUUCGCAGCAGCAGCAACGUUGAGUAAUAGUGUAGUUUUGAUACCAAUGAACGAAUUCGCAUUAGAAGUGUAUUUGUGAAUUAUAAUAACUCAAGUUGGACGAGGUUUUGGUGAUUUUUUCGGUAAAUCGAGUUGUUUUGAUAUCUCCGCGAGUGCGUGUGCGUCGCGCAGUGCUCCAAUUGCGCGUCCGUGUGCGAUCUCGCAGUUUUUGUUUUGUAUCGUUGAUAUUUUUUUUUUGCUCCGAUCUCCGAGCGAGAGAACGGGAAGAAAGUGGCGGUGAGUUUUGUGAUACACGCAUAAGUACUGUUUGACAGUUGCCCAUUAUCGCACAAUCCCCAGUAUACGUAAAACGCAGUGCGGAUGGUGGCGCGUAAACGAGAACGCGAGAUUAUGUCAGAGUUUGCCGACGGCGAAGAGCUGCUCGAGGAAAUCGUCGAGACGACCGAAGAACACGACGUCGACUUUUGCAGCAACGGGGAUACGAUCGACGAUUCUUCGGGCUUACCCCUCGGCGAAGAAUUCAUCGAGGAGGUCGAGGACCUGAAGCCUCUUCUGCAGAUCCGUCAGGAGGACGAGGACGAGGAGGGCCAACAACUGCAGCAUCAACACUUGCUGCAGCAGUGCAAAAGCAACGGGGUCACCAGCAACGGUCACCACAACAACAACAACAACAACAACACGUCGACGUCGAGCUCGUCGUCGCGCAAACGCAGCCAUUCUAGCAGCAGCAGCAACAACAACAACAACGUCCAGCAGCAAGGUGUUUCGACGGUCAACGGCGGUAGCAGCAGCAGCAACAACGGCGGCCGCUCAUUUUCGCGUAAUCAUAUGGAGCAGGAAAAGAGAAUGAGGCGAGAGAUCGCCAACAGUAACGAGCGCCGACGCAUGCAGAGCAUCAACGCCGGAUUCCAAUCGCUGCGGACGCUGCUGCCUCAUCACGAGGGCGAAAAAUUAUCCAAGGCGGCGAUUUUACAACAAACUGCAGAAUACAUCUAUCAAUUGGAGCAACAAAAGACACAGCUACUAUCACAAAACUUGCAGUUAAAGAGACUGGUGGAUCAGCAUGAAGGUGCGGGUGACGUAGUCAACAGUAAAAAGAGAAAAACGAACGAUAAUCAUGGUGUCGUGGUGAGCCUGCCGGUGCACGUGAGCGAGAGCGUCGACGAGGGUCUCGGCAGCAUGUCGCCCGAGCCCCUGUCCGUGAUAACGUUACCCGCGGCCGACGGCAACAACGCGAGUCACGUGACGACGUUAGCCGCAGUCGCCGGCGUCAGCAGCAGCAGCAACGACACGAACGAGCUGAAGCGUCAACUGGAGUGCGAGCGAGCGGCUCGGGCCCAUCUGGAGAAGCAGCUGAGACUGCUGCAGGCGCAGAUCUUCCCCGAGCGAGGAUAUCGCGAGGAGCAGCAGAUCAUCGCCUAUCAGCCGCACGAGGUGAUCGAGCACACCAACAACGUGAUCAGCGCGCAGGAGGUCGUCGACGACGGCAUCACGAGUCUGCAGGUGGUCUCGGUCGUAGCCGUCCCUUCGGUCGGCUCGACGCAGACCAUCGAGACGUCCUCGGUGGUGGGCGAUCAGGACCCGACGCCGCCGCUGUCGCCCAGCGAUCAAGGCGCCUGCGAGAUCAUCGUGGCCACUACGGCCGCGUCGGCGGCCAACAACGACGACGGCAGCGGCAAGGACCAGCAGCAGCAGCAGCUGAUGAGCGCCCAGGAUCUGCUGCAGCAGGUCGAGUCGUCGCGACCAAACAGUCCGAAGAUUCUCGGCUUCACGUUCGCCACCAGCAGCGGCGCGACGACAGCGAGCAACAACAGCGAGGAUCAGCAGCAGCAGAUAUCGAGCAACGGAUCGAGUAGUAGCAGUACGCCCUACUCGACGACGCCACUGCUCGGCUCCUCCUCCUCCGGCACGACGACGGUGACGAAUCUGCAGGAUUUUAAAGUGUCGGGAGGCUGCACGGGACAGUACAUAACGUCCAGCCCGACGAGGCCGUUCUCUCCCAACGAUGCGGUGGGAGUCGUGACCCAGCGGAUACCCUCGGUGUUGGAGGCGGCCAUGAAGGCCGAGCCCAAAGUCGAGGUGGAAAGAUUACCAUCUCCGUCGAAUUCUUUGGACGAUGGAACGCCGCAGGCACGAUUAUACUUGGCAGCGAACACAUCCAGACAGAAUCUCGAGACUAUCGUCGAGGCAAUAAGACACUUGGAAGGCGACCAUUUGUUCGGCGACGAGCCGGCCCAAGACAGGCCGCUCGCGCUCACCAACAAAACCAUCAGCAGUCCGAAGCAUCGACUCUUGCGGGCCGAGGUUAGCAAUUUCCUUCAGUUCAGUCCACAGCAGCAGCAGCAGCAGCAGCAGCAGCAGCAGCAGCAGCAGCAGCAACAACAAACGCAGCUACAGCAACAAAAACAGCAGGAUCAAAAGCAAACGCAGCAGCGACCCGGAGUGAUCGUCGCCAAGCACUCGUGAUCCAGCGGCAGCGCUCUGCAGCAGCACUAGCUCCGAGUGGCACGGUACUCGCUAGUUCCCCCCCACGUGGCCGGCGUGCGCCAAUACUGUUAAUUAUAUUUUGUACUAUUAUACUCGCGGAACGUAGACUUAUAUUAAAUAAUAAUGAUGUGAUGGUUCUAGCUCUUAACAAAAGGUUAUACAUCGUCUUUUCGAGUUUCUUUUCUUUUUUCUUUUUUUUUCUUUCUUCAUGAGACUGAUCUGUGAUUUAUAAAGUUUAAAAUAUAAAUUAAAAUGCUAAGCCCGUAAUUGAUACUUUGUUAACUUGGAGCAACUAGUUAGAUAAAAAAGAAAAAAUCAAAGACGUUUUAAAAAUUAAUGAAUCUAAUUGGUAGUAUGUCCAAUUUUAAUAUGCUUUCAGAUAUUCGCGCAACAGCUUUAGUUCUGAAAUCAAUUUUUUUCUUCUAAUUUUAUCCAUAACGAUAAUAUGAUGAUAUAAAUAAAAAAAAGCGAUGCAUCAAGAGCUAGACUGAAAUUAAUUGAAAAAAAAGCCGAUGAUACCUUAAG